CAAGCCAUUGGUCGACUUGCGCGCGUGGAAGACAAACCUGACGGUGAGUGAGAGGAUCCACUUCAAGAGACGAUGGCUUCAAAGUGCCCUAAAUGCGAAAAGACUGUUUAUUUUGCUGAGAAAGUGUCAUCACUAGGGAAGGAUUGGCACAAGUUCUGUUUGAAGUGUGAGCGCUGCAGUAAGACCCUCACCGCGGGUGGCCAUGCUGAGCAUGAUGGGAAACCAUACUGCCACAAGCCAUGCUAUGCUGCCCUCUUUGGGCCAAAAGGUGUGAACAUUGGGGGUGCAGGCUCAUAUGUGUAUGAGGCUCCCACCAACCCUUCCCCACCUGCAUCCACCGUGGACUCUGCACCCAAACCUCAAGAGAAAUGGGUCCCGCCAUCUUCAAGGCCACCAUCUAAAGCUGGAAACAUCACUACCUUCUCUGGGGAAGCCAACUUGUGUCCCAGAUGCAACAAGAAGGUCUAUUUUGCUGAGAAGGUGACGUCACUAGGGAAGGACUGGCAUCGUCCAUGCCUGCGUUGUGAGAGAUGUAGUAAGACCCUGGCAGCUGGCAGCCACGCAGAGCACGAUGGUCAGCCCUACUGCCAUAAACCAUGUUAUGCUGUCCUCUUCGGCCCAAAAGGUGUAAACACUGGUGGCGUUGGCAGCUACAUCUAUGACAAGGAGCCCAACACGGAGGCCCAGCCUUGAUUUUUAAUCCUUGGGAAGCCCAACUUCACUAUAAUAACAGCCACUACCAGUACCUCACGCACUUUCACAUAUACCCCACUUUUUGCCUUAUCAUGGAUAACCUGUGCCAGCUUGGACCUUUCUGCAGAAAAGUGACGCCACAUACUACAAUCUUGCCUUGAGCUCCAGCUGCACCACUGACAGUCCCUUGGCCUCUUCUUUUUGGUCUACCCCAAUUCCAACUAUCCCCGAUAAGAGGAAAGUUUGAACUGGUUCAUCAUUUCUGAUUUGUCCUAUGAUUCAUUUAAGGGUAAUUUAUUUAAUUGUAUACAGUAUCUUUGUUUGUAUUAUCAUUAAAACGCUGUAUUGCAACUCCUCUACAAAGGAAAAACUAAGAUCCCUACUUCCACAAUACUGCAUGUACAGUAAGAUGUUUGUGUAAUGCGUGUUCUAGUAGCAGAUAAAACGACACAAGUUCACUGAGAGAGUUUUGUUUUAGGAGCCGUGCUGUUUGAAAUGCCUGCUGACAGAGAGAUGAAUCUCGACUUAGAGGCUCCAUGCAGGUGCGUUCGGGAGCACAUCAUCAUAAAUCUGACAAAUAUUCCCAAACCCAGAUUUACUUUUUGGCCAUAUGGCAACAUUCUUAGUUUAAACAUUUUAAGAGAAGGUCUGCAGGAUGUAUGCAGACAGUGAAGUAAAAUGGCCAAGCUCUUAUUUUUAAGGGGAGGACAGAUCCUGCUCCCAGAGGGCCACUGUCCUGCAGAGUUUAGCUCCAGUUCUAAUUAAGUACACCUGAACCAGCUAAUCAAGGUCUUCCAGAUUACUAGAAACUUCCAGGCUGGUGUGUUGGAACAGGAUGGAGCUCAAAUCUGCAGGCCCUCCAGGAGCAGGUCUGGAUACCCCUUGAUUUAUGGGGUAGCUAGUUGAAGUCCACAGGGACCGAUGGGAACAGGGGUGUAUGUGAUUUGUGCUUGGUGACCAAGUAGCUGCAGCUAAUAUUUCUGAUGCCAAUCUAGUACCGUUACAUGACGCAUGGAAACGGAUUAAAGAAAAGAUAUGAAUAAGCUUUUGUAUUGUUUGUGAUCUGAAUAUUUUAAACGAACCCCAGUUUCUCAAAGUGUUGAAACUGAAGUAUUAUGUUUCCCAUUAGUUCUUUAGUUUGUAGUGAAUUUGACUAUAUUCUUUCUGAAUGUGCAUUUGUACUCUGACUGUUAUUGUUGUUCUAAUAUUUUUUUUUGCUGUAUCAGGCCUUUGUUCUUUGGAGAACUUUCUUAUGCAGAGUCUGUACGUCAUGUUCUGCUGCUUAUGUAUGU